AUCCGAGGGCACAAGGGGUGGAUCCGAGCGCUCGCUGUCACGCAUGACGGGAGGUACGUCGUAUCGGUAGCUGACGACAGCAUCGCUAAGUUCUGGACCAUGGAGAGCGGAGCCUGCGUGCAUGAGCUGCGGGGGCACAGGAGCGCGAUCACAGCCAUUGACAUCUCCUCCAACGGGCUGAGGAUGAUCACGGCCUCCAUCGACACUUCCGUCAAGCUCUGGGAGAUCCAGUCCGGCAUCGAGCUCGCCAACCUUUACGAGCCGAGGAGAGGACAUGCUGGGGCGCUGACGUCGUGCAAGUUUCAUCCCGAGGGCUCGCACUUCAUCACCUCCUCUGAGGACGAGGCUAUCAAGUUCUGGGAGCUGCAGUCUGGACGUCUGUUGGCAGCACUGAGGGGACAUGAAGCGAGCGUGCUGGAGGUAGACUACUUUCCCUCCGGCAGGAGAGUCGUGUCAGUGUCGCUGGAUCACUCGAUCAGGCUGUGGGACGUGGAGUCGGCCAAGGAGCUUUCCAAGGCUGCUCCUCACCUGGGGCAUCUCGCUGCCGUCCGCAGCUGCAGCGUCUCCCCUGGCGACAACGUCUUCGUGAGCGGGGGAGACGACAACUUCUUGCGAGUCUGGGACGCGAGGAUGAAGGGGCUGGUGCGGAAGUUGAUCUCCCACUCGGAGACUAUCACCUCCGUGCGCUUCAGUCCCGACGGAUCUUCCAUCCUGUCCGGGUCUCCUGACAAGAGCUGCAGACUGUGGGAUCUGCGAGGGGGGCUGGUGAAGUGCUGGGAGGAUCAUCGCGAUACUGUCUCGCAGGUCACGUUCACGCCCAGCAACAGGCACAUCGUCACCGGGUCGUGGGAC